CCGAAUCAUCAGAGGAUCAAAGCCGCCUCCAUAUCCUAUCUUCUUAUCCGCUCGUGGUACUGAAAAUUAUUCGAACGUUACAGUAUAGAAGUGAGAGACAACUGGACAUGGCGGGAUCACUCGGACCCUCCUCUGCAGCUAUGCUGGCUCAUCGACUAGCCUCUUCUUCGUCUCCAAAAUCUCCGUUUCUCUCUCUCGCUUCGACCUCAGGCCAGAUUCAUGGAAAGAAGUUGUUGGGGGGUUUUGAAAUUCCACUUAAGAAAGGAAGAUCUCAGCUCCAGCUUACUGUUACUAAUGUAGCUACAGAAGUAGGCCCUACCAAGCAGGCCCAGAAAAUUGCUUCUAAGGAAAGCCAGAGGCCGGUGUAUCCUUUUGCUGCUAUAGUAGGACAAGAAGAGAUGAAGUUGUGUCUUCUGCUAAAUGUGAUAGAUCCAAAGAUUGGAGGUGUCAUGAUCAUGGGUGAUCGAGGUACUGGGAAAUCCACCACUGUCAGGUCUCUAGUGGAUAUACUUCCUGAAAUUAAUGUUGUCACAGGAGACCCAUUUAACUCUGAUCCAGAAGAUCCAGAAACCAUGGGCAUGGAAAUUCGAGAGAAAGUUUUAGCAGGGGAAAAACUCCCAGUCACAAUGACCAAAAUCACUAUGGUUGAUUUGCCUCUUGGUGCAACUGAGGAUAGAGUUUGUGGAACAAUUGACAUUGAGAAGGCCCUAACAGAAGGUGUCAAGGCAUUUGAACCUGGUCUUUUAGCUAAAGCAAAUCGAGGAAUUCUUUAUGUGGAUGAAGUUAACCUUCUGGAUGACCACUUGGUGGAUGUACUUCUUGAUUCUGCUGCCUCUGGAUGGAACACAGUUGAGCGAGAGGGAAUAUCAAUUUCACAUCCUGCUCGUUUUAUUCUGAUAGGUUCUGGAAACCCUGAAGAAGGUGAGCUUAGGCCGCAACUUCUUGAUCGCUUUGGAAUGCAUGCACAAGUGGGGACAGUGAGGGAUGCAGAACUAAGAGUGAAGAUUGUGGAGGAGAGAGCUAGGUUUGACCAAAAUCCUAAAGAGUUCCGUGAUUCCUACAGGGCAGAACAAGAGAAGCUCCAGCAACAGAUUUCAUCAGCUAGGAGUUCUCUUUCCUCCGUUCAGAUUGAUCGUGAUCUCAAGGUGAAGAUCUCUAAGGUCUGUGCUGAACUGAAUGUUGACGGACUAAGAGGAGAUAUCGUGACAAAUAGGGCUGCUAAAGCUCUGGCUUCACUGAAAGGAAGAGACAAAGUAACUGCUGAUGACAUAGCCACCGUCAUUCCCAACUGCUUAAGACACCGGCUUCGGAAGGAUCCGCUGGAGUCAAUUGAUUCUGGUUUGCUUGUUAUAGAGAAAUUCUAUGAGGUAUUUAGCUGAGGAAAGUGACUAGGUCACCCUUGCAUUGUAAAUUUUGUUGGACAACUAUUUCUUUCCUUCUUUUCUUGUUCCUUUCCAUGCCCUUCAAAUCUGUCAUGUAGAGUCCAUGAUAUCAAGGAGAGAUGGAGUUCAGUUUCCAGGGAAGAAUCUGGCUGUAGUAUCUGUGAAGCUACCCUUACACUGUGAUGUAAUUCCUCUGAAUUGAGGGUUCUUCCAUGGGAAAGUCUUCAUUAAUGAAUUCAUCUUUGCUUUUGGUUCA